UUGGCCAAGCACGCAGCUGUAAACAUUCGCGAAAAGCAAACCGAAACAAGCGCCUUUCCCGCCGUUCAUUACCCAGUUUAGAGCAAACAUCGACCCGAAAUGGAUGUGGCAGAUGCUCAGGUCGGCCAGCUGCGCGUCAAGGACGAGGUGGGCAUACGGGCGCAGAAGCUGUUCCAGGACUUCCUCGAGGAGUUCAAGGAGGACGGCGAGAUCAAGUACACGCGACCGGCGGCGAGUUUGGAAUCCCCUGAUCGCUGCACCCUGGAGGUGAGCUUCGAGGAUGUGGAGCGGUACGACCAGAACCUGGCCACGGCCAUCAUCGAGGAGUACUACCACAUCUACCCGUUCCUCUGCCAGUCCGUUUCCAACUACGUCAAGGAUCGCAUUGGGCUGAAGACCCAGAAGGACUGCUAUGUGGCCUUCACGGAGGUGCCCACGCGGCACAAGGUGCGCGAUCUGACCACCUCCAAGAUCGGCACCCUCAUCCGCAUCUCCGGCCAGGUGGUGCGCACCCAUCCCGUCCAUCCGGAGCUCGUUUCGGGCGUCUUCAUGUGCCUGGACUGCCAGACGGAGAUUAGGAAUGUGGAGCAGCAGUUCAAGUUCACCAAUCCCACGAUCUGCCGGAAUCCCGUCUGCUCCAAUCGCCGCCGCUUCAUGCUGGAUGUGGAGAAGAGUCUGUUCUUGGACUUCCAGAAGAUUCGCAUUCAGGAAACGCAGGCGGAGCUGCCGCGCGGCUGCAUUCCGCGCGCCGUCGAGAUCAUCCUGCGCUCGGAGCUCGUGGAGACGGUCCAGGCGGGCGAUCGCUAUGAUUUCACGGGCACUCUGAUCGUCGUGCCCGACGUGAGCGUGCUGGGAGGAGUGGGCACCCGGGCGGAGACCAGUUCGCGGCACAAGCCGGGCGAGGGAAUGGAGGGAGUGACCGGGCUAAAGGCCCUCGGCAUGCGGGAGCUCAACUACCGCAUGGCCUUCCUCGCCUGCAGCGUUCAGGCCACCACAGCGCGCUUCGGUGGCACCGAUCUGCCCAUGUCCGAGGUCACGGCGGAGGAUAUGAAGAAGCAGAUGACGGACGGCGAGUGGCACAAGAUCUACGAGAUGUCCAAGGACCGCAAUCUCUACCAGAAUUUGAUCAGCAGUCUCUUCCCCUCGAUCUACGGCAAUGACGAAGUGAAGCGCGGGAUUCUUCUGCAGCAAUUUGGCGGCGUUGCCAAGACCACCACCGAGAAGACCUCGCUGCGCGGCGAUGUAAACGUGUGCAUUGUGGGCGAUCCCAGCACGGCCAAGUCGCAGUUCCUCAAGCAGGUCUCCGAUUUCUCGCCGCGGGCGAUCUACACCUCUGGCAAGGCCUCCUCGGCGGCGGGACUCACGGCGGCGGUGGUGCGCGACGAGGAGUCCUUUGACUUUGUCAUCGAAGCGGGCGCCCUGAUGCUGGCGGACAAUGGCAUCUGCUGCAUCGACGAGUUCGACAAGAUGGACCAGCGCGACCAGGUGGCCAUUCACGAGGCCAUGGAGCAGCAGACCAUCUCGAUAGCUCGCGCCGGCGUUCGGGCCACUCUGAAUGCCCGCACCUCCAUUCUGGCCGCCGCCAAUCCGAUCAACGGGCGCUACGAUCGCUCCAAGAGCCUCCAGCAAAAUAUACAGCUAUCCGCGCCCAUUAUGUCGCGCUUCGAUCUGUUCUUCAUCCUCGUCGACGAGUGCAACGAGGUGGUGGACUAUGCCAUCGCCCGCAAGAUCGUCGAUCUGCACUCGAACAUCGAGGAGUCCGUGGAGCGGGCCUACACGCGCGAGGAAGUGCUGCGCUACGUGACCUUUGCGCGGCAAUUCAAGCCGGUAAUUGGAAAGGAGGCGGGCCGGAUGCUGGUGGAGAACUACGGGCAUCUGAGGCAGCGGGAUACGGGCACCUCGGGCCGGAGCACCUGGCGCAUCACCGUGCGGCAGCUGGAAUCGAUGAUCCGGCUGAGCGAGGCCAUGGCCAAGCUGGAGUGCUCGAAUCGGGUGCUCGAGCGGCACGUGAAGGAGGCCUUCCGGCUGCUCAACAAGUCGAUUAUACGCGUGGAGCAGCCGGACAUUCACCUGGACGACGACGACGCCGCCGACGAGGGACUGGAGAUGGACCUUCAGCAGCAGGACAUCGAUAUGGAGAACAAUGGGGCGGCGGCGAAUGUGGAUGAGAGCUUGGAUACAGAGGGUGCUACGCAGCGGGAGCAGAAGAAGAAGUUCACGCUGUCGUUCGAGGACUACAAGAACCUCUCCACCAUGCUCGUGCUGCACAUGCGCGGCGAGGAGGCGCGCUGCGAGGUGGAGGGCAGCGACACGGGCAUCCGGCGCAGCGACGUGGUCACCUGGUAUCUGGAGCAGGUGGCCGAGCAGAUCGAGUCCGAGGACGAGCUCAUCUCGCGCAAGAACCUCAUCGAGAAGCUGAUCGAUCGGCUGAUCUACCACGACCAGGUCAUCAUUCCGCUCAAGACCUCCACGCUCAAGCCGAUGGUUAAGACGAUUCCGGAGGACGAGCAGGCCGAGGACGAUCCCCUGCUGGUCGUCCAUCCCAACUACAUUGUGGAGUAGUUAAACUAGUUACGUUUCUGUUGCCACAUGCUUUUUUUUGGUCACCUAAUCUUUGUAUUUUUCUACUUAGCCGUAAGUUUAGAGCCUAGAAUUCCAAAUCAUUCAUGUUUUCGCCUAAAUAAACGUUCAUCUCAAGUUUA